AUGAUUAGGAUGAUAGUAAGGAAGUAUCAUACCGAGAUCAAGGUGGUGGAGGUCCACGAGGACGGUAAGUGUCCUCCGGCUGGAAACGGGGCCAUACAUCCUCCAUGUACGUGUUUCAGCGGGUCUGCUGCUCCUGAAUGUGCUGAAUGUCUACUUUAUUCUAGUUCUCCUGCAAGCGCAAGGAGGCAAGCUAACUGUAGAUAUCAAGAGGAAGAUCGGGUCUCAGUUCGUGCUAUUGUGGAAACUGUUGGUACUGAGGUGGUGGCUGGAACUAUGCUCUGGAGGACUGAAUGUAAAUGUAUUGUGGCACUUGUUUGA